GUUUUCAUCCUAUCUUUUUCUUCUCUUAUUCCUUCAUUAAAUUGACAACGAAACACAUAUAGAAAAAGAACAACUAUUAUUACAGUGACACACAGAAAGAGAGAGAAAAAAGGAGCUUCUUUGAUUGCAUUUUCACCAAUGGGAGUUCGUUGCUCUAAACUCUCUCUAUGCUGUUGCCCUUUCCAUAUCAAAUCAAACCAUCACAACAUCUCUGAUAAUGAUGAUGAGAAGAACAAGAAUGAGAAGGAUUCUUCGUUUGGUUUUACUGAGUAUAGCUUGGAUCAACUAAGAGUUGCAACAGAUGGAUUUUCAUCAGACAACAUUGUCUCUGAACAUGGAGAAAAAGCUCCCAAUGUUGUCUACAGAGGUUGUCUUGAAGAUGAUAGGUUUGUUGCUGUGAAGCGUUUCAACAAGUCUGCUUGGCCUGAUUCUCGACAAUUCCUUGAGGAAGCACGAGCUGUGGGGCAGUUGAGGAGUGAAAGAUUAGCUAACUUGGUUGGUUGUUGUUGUGAAGGAGAAGAGAGAUUGCUUAUUGCUGAGUUCAUGCCCAAUGAAACUCUCUCCAAACAUCUUUUUCACUGGGAGGCCCAACCUAUGAAAUGGGCAAUGAGGCUGAGGGUGGCUUUGUAUUUAGCACAAGCCUUGGAAUACUGCAAUAGCAAAGGAAGGGCAUUGUAUCAUGAUCUUAAUGCUUAUAGAAUUUUGUUUGAUCAGGAAGGAAACCCUAGACUCUCUUGUUUUGGACUCAUGAAAAACAGUAGAGAUGGCAGAAGCUAUAGCACAAAUUUAUCUUUCACUCCUCCAGAGUACUUGAGGACAGGAAGAAUCACACCUGAAAGUGUAAUUUACAGUUUUGGCACCUUAUUGCUUGAUCUUUUAAGUGGAAAGCAUAUUCCACCUAGUCAUGCACUUGACCUUAUACGAGGCAAAAAUUUCCAAAUGCUGAUGGACUCGUGUUUGGAAGGUCAUUUUUCAAACGAUGAUGGAACUGAAUUAGUGAGAUUAGCUUCGCGGUGUUUACAAUAUGAACCUCGUGAGAGACCAAAUGCAAAGUCGCUUGUGACUGCUCUGACGACUCUUCAGAAAGAAACUUCGGUAGCGUCAUAUGUUUUAAUGGGCUUACCGGAUCGGAGUCUAUCUUCAAAAGAAACAGUUUUGUUAACACCUUUUGGUGAAGCUUGUUUGAGAAGAGAUCUGACUGCAAUACAUGAAAUUUUGGAAAAGGUGGGAUACAAGGAUGAUGAACAUGUUGCGAAUGAGCUGUCCUUUCAAAUGUGGACAAAUCAAAUACAAGAUACCCUAAAUUUCAAGAAGCACGGGGAUUCUGCUUUUCACGCCCGAGACUUCUCUACCGGCAUCAACUACUAUACACAAUUCAUCGAUGGUGGGACCAUGGUAUCGCCAACUGUGUAUGCUAGGCGCUGUUUAUGCUACCUGAUGAAUGACAUGACACAAGAAGCACUUGGAGACGCCAUGCAAGCUCAAUCUAUAUCUCCGACUUGGCCCACUGCAUUUUAUCUUCAAGCAGUGGCACUUUCAAGCCUUGGUAUGGACAAUGAUGCACAAGAAAGUCUCAAAGAUGGCACAACACUGGAAACCAGAAACCAUAGAAAUUGAAAUUGUAUAGUCUUUUUUUUUUUCUCUUGUUUACCAAGAAAUUUUUUUAAGUAUGGUUAUUUAACUGUAUGUAAUGAUUAAUGAAUCUUUACUUUAGCUUCUCUACAUUACUCCAUAUGAUUUACACUCCUGAUUGUGAUUGCUAUGGCUUUCUUGCAUUUUCUCUUUUUGGUCCAUGUUGAAUCUCAAAUGUUCAAGUUGAUUGUAAA